AUAUUUUUUUUUUUUCUUUUUUUAUUUUCUCUCUUACACCAUCAAAUUCUGGCCCACUUCACGUCUAUCGUUUCCCCAACGCCAUCAUUUCAAUUCCCAACAAAAUAUUCCAUCACUAAAAAAUAAAUCCAAUAACUAACCGCCCAAAUUCAAUGGAAAUCCGCCAAAAAUAGACAUCGAACCAUACUCUUUCUCCCCAACUCGCCAUCCAAUCCACUCCCCCCCAGCUCGCCGUCUCUCCACCAAGCUCAAAACCAGAAGCAAAAAGAAAAAGAAAACCAGCAAAUCAAACCAAUAGAGAAAUCAAAGAAAACAAUUUCGAUGACUAACCUCCCGCUCAGCUUCGUACUUCUCCUCCUGCUCCGUUUCUGCACACCGGCAAUAUCAAUCACCUUCCCCGGCGACGCCGCAGCUCUCGCCGCUUUCAAAGCUGCCGUGGUCCCUUCCUCGAUUCUGCCUUUCUCUUGCCUAUCCUCCUGGAACUUCUCAGCUUCGUCCGACCCAUGCAGAACCUUUCUAUGCGGCGUCUCCUGCUCAGCCGACGGCCGAAUCACGGCCAUUGUCCUGGACUCCGCAGGGUACUCCGGUUAUCUUCCCGCCGUCAUCUCCAACCUCUCCCAACUCCAAACCCUGGAUCUGUCCAACAAUUUUUUCCACAGCUCAAUCCCUUCCUCUCUCUCCUCCCUCUCCAAACUACAAUCCCUCGUCCUCGCCUCUAACUACUUCACCGGUACAAUCCCCUUCUCACUUUUAACAAAUCUUUCAUCGCUCCAAACCCUAGAGCUCUCCCGUAACUCCUUCUCUGGCUCCAUCCCCGCCCCCCUUUCCUCCCUCACCGCCCUCGCUAUCCUCGACUUCAGCUACAAUAGAUUUACUGGUCCGAUCCCUUCUUCCCUCCCACCAAAUCUGGUAACUCUAGCUCUGAGAUGGAAUUCGUUGACAGGAUUUCUCAUCCGAUCUGCGUUCACGCCGCUGCGGAGACUGGAAGUUGCCGAUCUCGCAGGAAAUCGACUCAACGGGAACGUAGAGGGGUGGCUACUGAAGCUCCCUAAGAUACAGCAAUUGAAUCUGGCGAAUAAUAGCUUAGAGAAAUGGGUGGUGUGGCCGGACACCGCCGGCGACGGUGGAGGACAGGAGCUCGUCGCGGUGGAUCUAGGGUUUAACCAGAUCGAAGGACGACUGCCUCCGGAGCUGGCGGACUAUCCGUCGUUAGUGGCUAUCACGGUCAGUUAUAACAAGCUGAGAGGCGAAAUACCUUGGCAAUACCACGGGGAGAAGAACGGGGCGGCGUUCAGGCGGCUAUUUCUCGCCGGGAAUUAUCUCCAAGGUAGAGUUCCGGCAGUGUUUUUAGGGGGAGAAAUGGCGGGAAGCUUUGGGGAUAAUUGCUUGGAGGGAUGCCCGGUGGCCUCGGAGAUGUGCUCUCCGAGGCAGAAACCUGGGUGGAUUUGUAAGAUGGCGUAUUCGGGUGCCGUCGGCCAGCCGCGAGGGAAUACGAUGGGGGUAUAAGCUCGCCGACGGUGAGAGGUUUAGGGUUUUCGAGCCGGAGGCCUGCUGUCGGUAGACGACAAGUGGAUGACGUUUCCGGGAUGGAAAAUUGUAGAAAUAUGUCAGGCUUGUUAUUAUUAUUAUUAUUAUUAUUAUUAUUAUUUUUAAUGGUUUUUAUGUUCAAAAUAAUGUGAUAUUGUUACAAACCAUCAUAUUGAAAUAAAAGUUUUAUA